UCAGGUUCUACUAGUGUAUUAAGUUAUAUCAUAUCUCAGUAUAAUCUCAAUGCUAAUGAUACUAACACUUUUGGUCGUACACCAUUAGCCUACUCCUGCCAUUCAGGUAGCAUUAAUUCUGUUAAAUAUCUUAUUAAAAAUCAUAGUAAUUGCAUAAUCACUUAUAAUGAUGGUAAUACGUGCCUUGAUUAUUCUUGUAAUCACAAUCACAUUGAUAUCACUCAAUAUCUCAUUGAGGUACAGCAUUGUGAUAUUAAUAAAACGGAUAGUAAAGGACGCAUGUCUGUACAUUAUGCUGCAUGGAGUGGUAAUUUAAAUUUAGUUCAAUAUCUUAUUACUGAACAAAGUUUGUCUCCUACUGCAGUUGAUAAGGAUGGUUGUACUGCUUUACAUUAUGCCUCACUGUCUCUUAACUUAUCUCUUGUUAAAGAAUUAAUAACUACCUAUCAGUUAGACCCUCAUCAACCUGACAGUAAUGGUAAGCUACCAAUUCAUUAUGCUGCUGAAUCUGGUGAUAUUUUACUACUGGAAUUAUAUGUGAAGGAUUACAAGUGUAGUCUGAGCCUAACAGAUAAGAGUGGUUGGAAUAUAUUUCAUGCUUCAUCAUUAAGUGGCAGAGUUCUUUUUAUCAAGCAUAUCACCAGUCAGUAUCCUCAAUACAUUAGUUUAUUACACUCUACUGACAGUAAGGGUAAUAUGCCAUUACAUUUUGCCUGUGAGAGUGGUAAUAUUCAAUUGGUCAAAUUUCUAAUACAUGACAUGAAGUGUGAUGUCACUAUUACUAGUACUAAUAAUACUAGUAUUGUCAUUAAUGCCGGUUACUCAGGUAACCUUGAUCUAAUAAAAUUACUGAUACAACAAUACAAGCUUGAGCCUAUCAAUAUUGAUAACAAUGGUUUCUCAGUAUUACAUGCAGCAGCACAGAAUGGUCAUACUCAUAUACUGGAAUGGUACAGUCAGGAGUAUAGUGUGGAUAUUACUAAUCACACUGACAAUAACAAGUACACACUAGCUCAUUAUGCUGCUUAUAAAGGUAAGCUACAUUGUCUACAGGAACUGAUCAACAAGUAUCAGUGUGAUGUUAAUGCCACUACUACUGAUACAGGUAAUACAGUUCUUCAUAAUGCAUGUGCAGGAGGCCAUGUUCCUGUUGUACUUUAUCUCACUAGUCUUCCUCAGUGUAAUGUAGCAGCUAAGACUUCUAAUGGAUUAACAGUUCUUCACAUUACCUGUGAGUACAGCGACUCUCUUCCUAUACUCAAACAUCUGGUAGAGAAUCAUCAGUUAGAUUUGUGUGCUGCACAGGAUAAAGGAAUGGCUCCUAUUCAUUAUGCAUGUAGUAAAGGAAGAUUGAACUUGGUCCAGUACAUUAUAAAAAAAAUACCAUCAUCACUUGAACUACCUAACAGUAAGCAUGGUCAUACUCCAUUCCUUGUUGCAGUGUACUUCAAUCAGUUAGAAGUCAUUAAAUAUCUUAUUAGUAAGAAGUGUAAUUUAUCAGCUGCUUCUAAUCUAGGGUAUGGAGCAGCUCACAUAUCAGUAGUGGAAGGCCACUUAAAUAUAUUAAAGUAUCUUGUUGAUAAUAAUUAUUGUAAUCUUAAUGCGACCGAUCAUCAUAACCGUACACCACUUCAUUUAGCUGUAGGUUUUGAUCAAUUUCAUAUGUUAGAAUAUUUAGUGAGUAAGAGCAUACCCUCAAUGAGUGUUGUCUGGUUACGUGAGACAAAGUGUUUAUUGGACAGUCCUCGUCCACAUAAUGCAGUACUUAUUAAUGUACACGAUAAAUAUGGUAAUACACCAUUACAUAUAGCCUGCCAUCAAGAAAGACAGGCAAUGGUAUCACUAUUAUUAAAAGCCAGUUUAUCUCUCAAUGUUCUAUCGAUUACUAAUAAAGCAGAUCAGAACCCAUUACACUUAGCAGCUGCCUCUGUUCGUACAGAUACAGCUAAGGCUUUACUCUCCUCAAUCACUAAUAGGUCUACUCUUCAUCAUCUCUUUUUUAAAGCUACUGAUAGUGAAGGAUGCACUGCACUUCAUACAGCUUGCAGUAAUCGUCAUAUUGAUGUGUUUCAUUAUCUAUGCAGUAUUUAUCCUCAAGGUGUUAAUGUAAUGGAUAAUAGAGGACGUGGUUUACUUCAUGCAGCAUGUGAAGGUGGAGAAAUUAUGAUAGUAAGAACACUAAUUGAGACAUAUGGGCUAGAUCCUUUAGCAGAAGAUAAAAAUGGCAUCACCUGCUUACACUUACUAGCAGAAAGAAACUUUAAGAAACUUGGAGAAUCAAAUGAUUCCAAACUGAAAAUGUUGCAGAAUGUCUUAUUAGAACAAAUGAUUGGUGUAUACCGAUAUUUAGAACCAAAUAUUAAAUCUAAUCCAGUGCCUAAAGACAAGUCUGGCCGUACUCCUCUUCAUUAUGCUUCUCGUUCUGAUAAUAUUCGUAUGGUACGUUAUCUCAUAGAGACCUUUCCCUGUACUCCUGAUGAUCCUGAUAAUAAUGGAUACACUUCAGUUCAUGGAGCAUGUGAAGCUGGUAGUAUGAAGUUAGUACAAUACUUUCUAACUGAUCUCAAAUGUAAUGCACUAGCUGAAACUGAUGAUUGUAAAACCAUGCUUUAUUUUGCUAGUAAGGGUUCUAAUUUAGAACUGGUUCGGUUUUUAGUUGAUGUGUUUAGUUUAAAACCUUGUCCACAUGAUAUUGAAAUAGCUCAAUCAGUUAAUCCUGAUUCAUCAGUAGUUAAAUAUCUUCAAAAAAUUUAUGAUGAUAUGAUAUUUGAUAUGAUGGAGGAAGAUAAGAGAAUGAAGGAAAGUAUUGAGAAACAUGAACAACAACAAAUUCAUCCACAGGGGCAUGAUAUUGUAUCUUAAACACGACCUUAUCACCAUCUUACCAUUACAUCUCAUCACCAUUACACCAUCUUACAUAUUACCAUUUAAUACUAUUAUGCAUCACCUUACCACUAUUACACCUUUGUCUCCACUGUAUUGCUUUCUUAACAUUACACUAUACAUAAAAAUGAGUAGAUGAAUGCUGGUGACCCAAUGACUUUAGGCUGGGCAGCAAGAAUGGUUACCAAAUACCAACAUCCCCAAGUGCAAAUGCUUCUUUAAUAUUUUUCUUUAUUACUGUUAUUAUACCCAUCACCAUUAUUAUUGACACAUGUUAUCACUGGAGCUGCUCUUCCAUAAUUCUUCAACUCAUCCUAUGAUAGUCACAUGCAUUUUAAAUUUUGCUUCCAGUAUCAGGAGGAGAGGAAAGAGAGGAGAAAAUGAGCUUACAACUGGCAAGAUCAAUCUUUGGUUCUUUGCCUCCUCGUAGGAAUCCUUAUGCUUCACAUGCUAAUGCUAUACUUAUGCCAGUUUUUGAAUUGCUACAAAUGAUAUUGACUGAUAAUCUAGACAGUGAGGAUGAGAAGAGAGAGUCAGAGCUUAGAAAAUAUUUGAAAGAGACAUACUAUGAUGCUGUUCCUUGACAGAAACAAUAAUAAUAGUUCUAUAUGUAUAUUGUGAAAUUGUGUGAAUGUCCGAUCUAUGUUUACAAUCACUAUAUUGAUGCAAUAAGUGUAUUUUUGUUGAUGUUGUUGUAUUAAAUUCAUUUUAUUAAACUUUUUGGAAUCUUUGCAUAAU